GCUCAAUCUCACGCACCGGUCGCCGCUCUCCCCGUCAACUGCAGCACGGCCACGACACCGACGUUCCAGCGACGCCAUGGCGGCGGUGAGGCACCGGCAGGUUGAGGCCAACGGCAUCUCGAUGCACGUCGCGGAGUCCGGCCCGGCGGGCCCCACCGCCCCCGCGGUGCUGUUCGUGCACGGCUUCCCGGAGCUGUGGUACUCGUGGCGCCACCAGAUGGGGUACCUGGCGGCGCGGGGCUACCGCUGCGUCGCGCCCGACCUCCGCGGCUACGGGGGCACCACCGCGCCGCCGCUCCCGUCCUCCUACACCGUCUUCCACAUCGUCGGGGACCUCGUCGCCCUCCUCGACGCCCUCCAGCUCCCGCAGGUGUUCGUGGUGGGGCACGACUGGGGCGCCAUCGUGUCGUGGAACCUGUGCCUGCUGCGGCCGGAUCGGGUGCGCGCGCUCGUCAACCUCAGCGUCGCCUUCAUGCCCAGGCGCCCCGGCGUGAAGCCCGUCGAGUACUUCCGCAGCGUGUACGGCGACGACUACUACGUCUGCCGAUUCCAGGAACCUGGAGUUGAAGCAGAAUUCACUGGUUUUGACUUGAAGAGGUUCUUCAAAAUGGCAUUGACUGUCCAAACCACAGGUUCUUCUGCUAUGUCCCUUCAGAAAAUGCGAGCAAACAAUAAGCAAAUAGCACUCCCUUCUUGGCUCUCCGAGGAAGAUGUCAGUUACGUUGCAAGUGUGUAUGCAAAAACUGGAUUUGGUGGAGGAGUAAAUUACUACCGCUGCUUAGACCUGAACUGGGAACUGAUGGCGCCAUGGACAGGAGCACAAGUGACAGUGCCAACUAAAUUUAUUGUCGGGGACGGUGACCUGGCAUACCAUCACCCGGGAGUGAAGAGCUACAUACACAAGGGUGGGCUCAAGAGGGAUGUGCCUAUGCUUGAGGAGGUGGUGGUAAUCAAGGGCGCCGGGCACUUCAUCCAGCAGGAAAGAGCGCAAGAAAUCAGCGAUCACAUCUAUGACUAUAUCAAGAAGUUCCAAACCGGUGCUUCGACACCAAAAGUUUCGAAACUGUGAGGUCGUUGCUUUCUGUACAGAAGUAAAAAAGACUGUACUUUUGCAGUGUUGCAGAGCACGGUUGUCGAUUUCUGACGCACGUAGCAUAAUCAUAACAUGAAGAUAGUUUUUUUUUUUUGAGAAAGUUGUGUGUGUGUGUGUGUGAGGGGGGGGGGGGGGAUCUUUGUUCAACUGUCGCAUUUUGUAAAAAGUUUAUCGGAUAAUGCGUACAUUGUGUAAAAAUUUUAUCGGAUUUUAUCGGAGAAUGCAUAGAUUUUGUAAAAUUUCAUCUAUGGCUUAACACGGUGCGGCCGGAAAGUGAAAAGCACUGGAUACAUGAUUCAACCAA